GGACGCGUGACACCGUCUCGCGUUAUCAAAACCAUCCCCGGGCAAUAAUAACAAUCAAUUCGCGACCAACUGCUCGCUCGUCAAGGGCAUUUUUCUUCUAGAAGUUGUUCAAGUGCCCUCGCGCAUUGUGCUGCGCAAAUUUUGUGUGUGUGUGUUUUUUUUUUUUGUGGUGCACCAGGCAAGCAGAGAGAUGACACUCCGGGAGAACACCUCCGAAACGGCCCACCGGAAGUAUUCGGUUUCCCAAUCGGGCAAGUAUAAAUCGCGACCGAAAAUUCGACCCGCUCUCAGUGGUGAUUUGUUCCGACCGGAUUUGAGCGCCGAAUUGACAGCGAAAACCAAUACUAUCGAUCUCAAUGAACGUAACCGGGAAGGAUCGGUUGGUGAAACCUGUGGCAGGGAUAGUGGAACAGCCGGGAACCAAAUGCAGCAAAAGCAGGGACGACAGUCCGUGCCGGGAGAGGUGAUCGAGACGGCCUUAUGAGAGCCGGUCGCUCAUUUAGGGGACCUACAAGAAAAAGAGGCAGGAAAAGUUAAGCGUGUUUUGUACUCUAGAAGACGCUGGACGCCUGCCGGCAGAAAUAAUGAUGGCCGACAUCGACGCCCGAAGCGGGACGAACUGAGCUGCUUAUCUGUGAUGCAAUAAUUUUUUCCCUUCACUUUUUGGUUCUUUAGUGAAGGGUUGGUUGUGGUAGUGUUUAUGUUUCAAUUUUACCUGACAUAAGAUUUCGUAGAAAAAAGUGUACUUAGUUAUAUUGUUUUAUUAAGCGAGAGAGAAAAAAAAGUAAAUAAAGUACCUGCUGUGAAGCACACUCAAAACGAAAGUGCAGUGAUAAGUUAUUAACCCUUUCGCGGUCGGCUUAUCAAUAUGGACUUUGCAUGCGCGUUGAUUGUGGUAAAAUUAUAUUGAGUGUCCUUAUUUGAGUUUCGCAUGUAGCUGAAAACACGAUCGACAAAAAGAAGGGUUUUAUCCACAAGAUGGUAAAAGCGAGCGGGGGUUGAUUCUAGAAGCUGAACAUGACCCCCUUCAUUGCGCGUCGGAACAAUUGAGUGACAAUAAAAUUAUACCCGAGAUAAGUGAAGAUCGGUAAACAAAUGCAGUUGAAAGAGCCGCUUCACGGAAAGCAUGGUUGAUAAUGUUGAUUUUUUUGAUAAAUUCUGCUCAUUUUUUCUGUUUAACCAGGGCCUCAACCAACGACCCGUAGACUAACGAACAGGUGCUACCGGUUUUGCUGACUCGUGCGAAGGCGUGACAGCCGAAGAUUUUUCCUCUCCCGAAAACUCAAUGGGACUUAGGUUAUACCUUGCAUCUAGAUGAACGUGACGACUGAUGGCGGUUAUGAUGAUGAUGAAAGUGAUGACGACGAUGAAUAUGAUGAUAAAAAAAAUUGUAAUAAUUUCUAGGAUGAUAAUGAUGAUGAUGGAAAGGGAAAGAGAAAGAGCAAAAACAUAAAAAAGAUGAUGAUGAUGAGGAAGGAAGAAAAAAGAGAUGAUGUUGAUGAUGAUUGACUAUAAUGAUGAUGGGUAAGGUCAGGACCGGAUUUAGUGGAGUGGGGGAAGGGGGCAAAUGCCCCGGGCCUUUCGAUUCGAGGCCCCCACCCCUAGUCCCGGGGGUAAACGUGGAAACAGAGUGAGGACGUUUUUUUGUCACUCGCCAGCUUUCAGCGAAUUCAAAUUUCCUUACCUCUACAUGUUUCAGAAAAAAGGGCCCCAUGAAAAUAUCUGCCCCGCCUUCCCCAGCACCUGAUUCCGGCCUGGGUAAGGUGCUAUUGAUGAUAACGAUGAUGAUGGCGGGGAUGAUUGAUGGUUAUGGGAAUCUUGUUACUGACAAUAAUUGAAUAACAAUUAUUGUGAUUUGAUUGUAAUGAAUUAUAAGAUGGUACUGCUGAUGGUAGAUUUAGGUGAACUUUCUCUCUCGCGGAGAUCCUUUGUAACAAGUGUGGAAUUAAAUUGCCUGGCUGAUGCAUAAUUACAGGGCGGAAAAGUACCUCUAUCGGGUUUUU